AAUUUUUUUUUCCCUAAGACCGCUAACCGCCAAAACUUGGAGCGACCCCAACUCGGCAACGUCAACUUCUCGCAACCAUGGCCAAAAGAAAGAGACACGGCGCCAACGGCGGCGAAGCUGUCGCCGAUGCGGUCCCUAAGAAGAAGUCGAAAGCGACCGAAACUGCAAAGCCAAAGGCGAAGCCCUCGGUGCCCGAGACGAUACAGCUCGUCGCGGGGUCCUACGACCAAGUCCUGCAUGGCAUGACGGCGGCGAUCGGGCCGAGACAGGACACGGCCGACUUUGCCGACACGUUCCUCUUCAACGCACACACGUCGGCCAUCCGCUGCGUCGCCGUCUCGCCGGCGUCGGCGCCGGUCCCAGGCCAGACGCAAAAGGUGCUCCUCGCGUCGGGCAGCACCGACGAGCGAAUCAACAUCUACAACCUGUCGGCGCACCCGCCGAGCAAAAAGAACCAGGACGUGCUGGCCAAGGUGGCGCCGCGGCCGAUCCUCGAGAACCCCAAGAACCGCGAGCUCGGGACGCUGCUGCACCACGCGUCGACGGUGACGGCGCUGCACUUCCCGACGCGCUCCAAGCUGCUGUCGGCGAGCGAGGACUCGACUAUUGCGGUGACGCGCACGCGUGACUGGUCGGUGCUCAGCAACAUCAAGGUGCCCAAGGCCAAGGCGCAGGGCCGGCCGAGCGGCGACACGGCGGCCUUUGGCGCCACGCCGGCGGGCGUCAACGAGUUUGCGAUCCACCCGAGCAUGAAGGUCAUGAUUAGCGUGAGCAAGGGCGAGCGGUGCAUACGGCUUUGGAACCUCGUCACGGGGAAGAAAGCCGGCGUGCUGGGCUUCUCGAGGGAGCUGCUGCAGGCGGCCGGGGAGGGCAAGCACUCGUCGGGCGAGGGCCGGACGGUGGUAUGGGGUUCCGCAGACGGGGCGGACGAGUACGCCGUCGGAUUUGACCGCGGCGCGGUUGUGUUUGGCAUGGACAGCGUACCCAAGUGCAUUGUUCUACCGUCGCCGUCGACCAAAAUUCACCAAUUACGCUACGUCACGAUGGACGAGGAGGCUGGGCUGUCGCUGCUGGCCGUGUCGACCGAGGACGGGCGCAUCGCCUUCUUCUCAACCAGAGACGCCGACCUCUCGGAACCAACGGAGCAAAAGGACGACAAGACGCAGCCGCUCAAGGUGGCGAAGCUGGUGGGCUACGUGGGAGGUAGAGAGGUGGGCGUCGCGGGCCGCAUCAAGGACUUUGUCGCGCUGCCGAGCGAAGCGAACAAGGGGACGCUGUACGUCGCGGGCGCGAGCAGCGAAGGCAAGGUCCGGCUCUGGACGUUGCAGGCGGAGGAGCUGGUGGCCGCGAUGAAGGAGACGACGGCAGGGCCGAUGGGGAAGCUGCUGGGUACGUACGAGACGCAGAACCGCAUCACGUGUUUGGCCGGAUUCGUGAUGAUUCCUCGGCCUGAGGGCGCGGAGGACAGCGAUGACGAGGUGGACGAUGAUGACGAGGAUAGCGACGAGUCGGAGCAUGCGUCUGAUGAGGACUGAUGGGGAGGGCGCCGGCGUUUGGGCCAAGACAUAAUUGAAGCACCACGCUGCAUUCUGCUCAAAUAGUAGUCGUACCCAAGGGGUGUUUGAGGGACUGCCAUAUGGAUGGCUCUGACGUGUAGAAAGCAACAAGCAGGCGUUGUGCGAUGCGAGGUGUUUGUCUCGGAGCAUCGGGCAUCGGGCCAUAUCCUGGGGUUUUUGCUACGUUCCAGUUGCAGCCUGUGUGCUGGACCCUGGUGCAAGUCCAGUUUUGUUGCCUCGUGCCUAGCGAGAACCGGCGGUAAUAAGCUGAAGACGGAGACGUUCGCGUUUUGCAGCAGCGGAUAUGCGAGGUGCGCUUGUCGU